AACUUAUCUCAUUGCUGUCUCUCUGAUUGAACUGUUUUCCUCCUUUCCUUUAAUGACAGUCUAGUGGAUCACCUCCAUCUGCAUUUGAAGUACCAUAUGAAUCUUUCCGCAAAGAAUGUGAUUCUAGUUUAGUUGACACUCAUGAUUUCAGUUCCUCUGCUGAUGUCGUGGAGGAAGUUAAAUCAAAGGAAUUGGAUUAUGACUUCAUUUGCUUUUUCCUCUCAAACCAAAGGGUUGAUCUGUACAGAGCAAUUGAUUGGCGAUGUGAAGAUAUGGUGCUAGGAAGUGAUGGUAUCUUGUCUGAGGCCAGAUGGCUUCUUGAUGUGGGUCUUCUUCCAAAUUCCAAUUCAGCAACCAGAGCAAUUGGUUACAGACAAGCUAUGGAGUAUUUAUUAUUGUGUAGGGAGCAAGGAGGUAGUUCUUCACCAAGAGAGUUCUAUAACUUUGUGACUCAAUUUCAGAAGGCAUCUAGAAAUUUUGCAAAACGGCAAUUGACGUGGUUCCGUAACGAGCAUAUCUAUCACUGGCUUGAUGCUUCCAAACCCUUGGAUUCUGUUCUUAACUUUAUUUGUGAUGCAUACCAUGACAAAAGUGGAAACUGGGUUGUGCCUGAAUCACUGAAAAUGAAGAAAGAAUUGUCAAGCCGCCGAGAAGAGUCAGAACUAAAGAGCUAUCGAACUAAAAACAGGCAUUUCAUCAGACGUGAAGAUUGUUCAGAUAUUCUAGACUGGAUACAGAGAACACAAAGCAUUCAAUCUGAUAUGAUCAUCCAGAACCGUACUUGAGUAGUGAUAAUCUUGACCGCCAAAAUUUCUCAUU